CAAUCCGUUGUGAAAUAAUUCUGGUUUCGAAAACAAAAUAAAACCAGCUGUUUUUAAUGUCAUAGUCACACUGUCACAGUGACAAAUGGUCUUGUCAAAACAAAGUUAACCUCAUUUUCGUAGUGUCUUAAUUCUGCGCAAAUCUUUAAUUUUAUCCCGACAACAUGAAUUCCCGAAUACUCAGGAUGUGUAAUAAACUCUUAAUACAGCAAACUAUAUCUAGAGGUUAUGCUUUUAAAGCGGUAAAAAGGCCUGACCCUAAAACUUUGAAAAUGCCUGCGCCGGGUACGGCUCCAAGUAUAAUGCAAAUAAUUAAAGAAAAAAUAAGACUUAACGGUCCUCUUACGGUAGCUGAAUACAUGCACAUUAUCUCUACAAACCCGACGGAAGGAUAUUAUAUGAAAAAAGAAGUGAUAGGCGAGGCUGGAGAUUUUAUUACGUCUCCUGAAAUAAGCCAACUGUUCGGCGAGAUUAUUGGGAUAUGGUUCUAUUCUGAAACUCAGAAAAUGGGACCUGGGAAGCCUCUGCAGAUUGUUGAACUUGGACCUGGUAAAGCGACCUUGUUAUUGGAUAUAUUAAGGGUACUGAAUUGUUUUAACUACAAACCUCAGGAUCUGAGUCUGCACUUAGUGGAGAUAUCAUCAACCAUGCAAUCAGUACAAGCCAACCGACUGUGCAUAUCUCAUAGAGAAGUUGAUAUUGCGCUGCCACAUAACUAUGAAGGUGAGACAGUAAGUGGCAUCAAGGUGUACUGGUACAAUGAUCUGAAGAAGGUGCCUACAAACUUCUCUUGGUACAUAGCACAUGAGUUCUUCGAUGUACUGCCAAUACACAAGUUUGAAAAAACUGAUGAAGGCUGGCGAGAACUGCUAAUAGACCUAGAUGGCCAAGAUAAACUGUACUAUAGAAUAACAGCAGAAGAGACAGCCUCUUGCAAGUCCCUCAUCAGACCGCCAUUAGACUCCGGUGACAGAACAGAGUUGGAAAUCAGUGCUCGAAGUCUGGGCAUUUCUCGGCAGCUGGCUACUAGAGUGGACAGAGAUGGCGGAAUUGCUCUUAUUGCUGAUUAUGGACAUGAAGGAGAAAAGGGUGAUACUUUUAGAGCCUUCCACAAGCACAAAGUAGUGAAUCCAUUAGAAAAUCCUGGGCAGUGUGAUUUGACAGCUGAUGUAGACUUCUCGCAACUCAGGAUUGCUGCAUCAAAAAGUCCUUACAGCGAUAACUAUGCGUUGGUCAUGGGACCUGUUAAACAGAAGGAUUUCCUCGAAAGAUGUCAAGCUCGAAUCAGACUUCAGGUUCUAUUGGAUAACGCAAAGUCAGAUGAAGAUAGAGAAAAGGUGCAGAAGUCGUACGAAAUGUUAGUCGACCCGCAGAAGAUGGGCGAGAGAUUCAAGUUCAUGGCUUUUUAUCCAUCAGUAAUGGAGGAACUGUUGAAUAAACAUCCUCCAUUAGGUUUUUCGACUCCCAAGUCGUAGGAUUAGACUCGAGACUAGA